AAGCCCUUAUUAGCUGACACACAUCUUGUGUAUAUAUAUCAUCAUAAUAAUAUCCCCUCCUCCUUUAUUCAUUCUUCUUCUUAAUAAUAAUUCCCAAAAGAGCAUAGAAAAUGGGUUCCGAAACAUUUCUUGAAGUCGUCCUUGCUAUCAUUCUUCCUCCUGUUGGUGUUUUCCUCCGUUAUGGCUGUGGUGUGGAGUUAUGGAUAUGUGUGUUGCUGACAAUUCUGGGAUACAUACCGGGCAUUAUUUAUGCACUCUAUGUGUUAGUUGGAUAGUAGCAACUCUUUUACACUGUAUAUGCCUCCUUAUCUUUCUCUAUCAUUCUACAAUAAAUACUCUCU